AUGUUGGUCGACCGACCUAACCCUAAGCCGUUGAACUACGCGGAGAUCAAGAGGCAGAAGAAAUUCAAGGAUUACGAGAAGAAAUGGAGGAAGCUUCUGAAAAACGGGAGUACUGAGGCUAUCGUCGACGAUUUCUUGUUCGAGGUCGGACCCUUGCUGGACACCAUCCGCCUUGACUCGCCCGUGAGCGACCUGCGGUCUGAGACGACCACCCACUCUUCAGAGAAAAGUGGCUCUACGCCGAAAGUGCUGGAUUGGGUGGACCUCGUCCUGGCAGGAGGCGCCCUCCUGGGCGUGGCCCAUGUCGGGUACAUCUUUGCGCUGGAGCAUGCUGGCGUACGCUUCAGGGCAAUCGGCGGGACUUCCGCGGGGGCACUGGCGGCCGUCCUGCUCGCAGGGCUGCGCACCAAGCCAGACGCGCCGGCGGGGAGGAAGCUGCUGGACCUGCUCCUGGGCAUGCCCGUCCCCAAAUUCAAGGAUGGGAAGCUGCUGGAUCGCAGGGUCAGGGUGUGGCUGCAGGGAGGCAUCCAUCCAGGGGAUGCCCUCGAGGACUGGGUGCACGAACAGCUUGCUGCAAAUGGAGCCGGCACGCUGGCAGGUUUGAAGGGGAAGUGCGACCUGAGUGAGAUAAACUUCAAGCAGGACGUGCUUGACAACGACUCGGCAUCGUCGGGGGUCAGACCAUACUGGGAAUCGGUUGAGGGACUGGUGGUAGCAGUGGCCGCCGACGUUACGAGUGGGAUCAAGGCGGUGCUGAGCUGGAAGAGGGACAGGCAGGCGCACCCCGUGCCCCUCACCCACUCUGAGCUCUACUGGUCCGACCCAGACCUGGAGAGUCCCGCCAGAUGCGUCCGCUUCCAGGACGGCGGCGUGCUCUCCAGGUUCCCCAUCAAUCUCUUCCAUGUGCCGCCCACCACCGAGGUGCACUGGCCCACCUUUGGCGUGGGCCUGUCCCCCCCACGACAAGCCAAAUCAACAUCCGGCCUCGGUCAGCUGCUCUACGCAUCGAUCUCCACCGCCAUCCGCAUCCAAGACAUCCAGUUCACCGCCCAGAACAGGGUGGGUGGGCAAGGGCAGGGACGAGGGUGUGGUGAAGCGGGAAGAGGUGAGCCCCAGGGUCCUCUUGCCCCGCCCCGUUCCAUCGCCCACACAGGCCCCUCUAGCCUUGCCAUGCAGGAGUAUGAAAUGCUGACCAAGACCGUUGAUGUGGGUCAAGUCUGCGCCCUGGACUUCAAGAUGUCCAUCCUCGGGAAGUUUGUCCUCUUCUACAAUGGUGUUCUCGCUGCGAGAGACUUCCUCAUGGGAACGACGGAGAAGAAGGGGUUCCAGUGGGAGAAGUUCAAGAUAUUGAGGCGGGAACGUUCCGCGGUCGUUUUAAACACCACCAGCAUUACUCCGACCUGA